GUCACAAGGCCGCUAGCCCUGUCCAGGCCCCCUGACUGUGAUUGGCUGAUUCGGAUCUGAACGGCGAUGGAGAAGGGCGGGAACAAAUAGCAAAGACAAAGAAAACCUUUGGGUGUGACAAUAGGAGAGAGGCUCCCGGGCUGAAGUCUCAAGAUAGAGUCUUGUUUUUGCCCACCCCAGCUCCAAGGAACAAAGGUGGAAUAGACCCGGCCGGAGCUGGAGCUACAGCCUCAGUGCCCCGUACCACCACCGCGGUGGGGGCAGGGCCAGAGGGCGGAGCUAUGUGGAGUUGGGCUGCACUGAGUAAUUGAAAGUGGCUUCCUGUGGAGCUAUGGAGAAGACGGAGUCUCCUGUUGCGGCCUCAGUGGGGAAUCGCUUGGAGGGGUACGUAGGGCAGUACCUGGAGGGGUCAGAGGUAUCGAGACAGACACUGGGCUGCCCUCCGGGGUAGCCCUGUUUCGCGGUACUGGCCCCCGCGUACACCCCGGGGGCACUGCAAUUCUCAGUCCUAGUUCAAGCCGGCCCUCGGAAGGAAUAAUGACCCUGGGUUCCCGACGUAGUCCGCACCUUGGAGAGGUUGCCGGCCUUGGAUCCGGCAGAUCUCCCGGUGGAUCCAACCCCCACUGUCCUGGAACCAGUGGACCUAGGGCGUCCAUCCCCGAGCCCAGGGAACCUCAAGUCUACAAUUCCGGGUCAACUUUCUUGCAUCCUUACAACUGUGAGGAUCGGCCCCGGAGUAUCCUCAAAAACAGCAGCUCUAUCACGAUGAAGAAAAUCCCCAGUACGGAGAAGAAGUCUCAGUGCUGGGAUGAGAUGAAUAUCUUGGCCACCUACCACCCUGCUAACAAGGACUAUGGCUUUCUGAAGGUGGAUGAGCCCAAGACCCCCUACAACAGGCUGCAGGACAGUGAUGAGAAUCUGUCAGCGGGGUCCUCCCUCAAGGUGACUCCUGAAUCACUGGCAGAGAGGUUGGCAACAAUGGACAAUUUCCUCCCCAAGGUCCUCCGGUAUGGAGAUAACAGAAGCUCAAGGGCUGCAGAUGAUUUUUCCAAGACAUAUUCCAGUGAUUUUGACAGGCAUCGAAAGACACAUUACUGUGAAGGGAAGUUCCUGAAGGCUCAGAAAAACCAGCCCUGGGCCAAUGAGGAAGAUAGCAGUGGUGCUAGUGCCAGGAUCAGCAGUAACGCUCAAGAUAUGAUGAUGGACCCUAAGUCUAGGACGGUGGAGAAAGGCUGGGCAGGAAGACUCGUCACAGGAGUCAAGAAUGAGACUGGCCUGAUGAAUGACAGGCAUGUCCUAGACACCAAUGAUUCUUCUAGCUCCAGAAAUCAGUUCCCCUCAACUUCAAACCCCAUCCUGUUGGAGAAAAUGGAUUCACAACGCAGGGAAUAUUUUAGCAAAGGAAUAUACCUGAGGUCCUGUUCCCACCCAGAGCUUCAAGAGGAUAUAGAUGAACAGUAAAACGAUGAAACCCUGCAGCUCCAAUGGACUCAGGAAAAGGAACCUAGACUGUGGAAAAUGUAGUGAACUGGGGAUGAAGUGAGAGCACCCUUCCCCUACCUUUACCACCUAAGGGUGGACAAUAAAGUAAAGAACAGGCA